ACUCCUGACCUUUGACAUCCUCAAAGAGCACAUGGACGUGAUGGAGUAAGGCUUCUAUAGCGUCUUCGUGAAAAUAUAAAAGAAAAACAACGAUUCUUACUAUCAUUUGCAUUUCUAUAUCAAAAUGAAGGUAAAAGUACUUAGCAGAAACCCGGACGAUUACAUUCGUGAAACCAAAAAGGAUAUACAGAGAGUCCCAAGAAACUAUGACCCAUCACUCCACCCUUUUGAGGUACCUCGAGAGUAUACCAGGGCUCUUAACGCCACCAAACUGGAACGUGUGUUUGCCAAACCGUUCUUGGCAUCACUGGAUGGUCACAGGGAUGGAGUGAACUGUAUGGCCAAACACCCCAAGAGUUUGUCUACAAUUCUUUCAGGCGCCUGCGACGGAGAGGUGAAAAUCUGGAACUUGACCCAGCGUGAAUGUGUCCGUACUUUACAAGCACACGAAGGUUUUGUGCGGGGGAUGUGCAUGCGAUUUUGUGGUGCCUCUUUCUUUACAGUCGGAGACGACAAGACUAUCAAGCAGUGGACUAUGGAGGGGCCAGCGUUUGGAGAACAAGAAGAACCCCUUAACACAAUACUUGGAAAAACAGUAUACACAGGAAUUGACCAUCAUUGGAAGGAUGGGAUUUUUGUAACAUGCGGCCAGCAGGUGGAUAUCUGGGAUGAGCAGAGGACCAGCCCCAUCCGCACAUUCACCUGGGGCGUGGACAGCAUCAGCAGUGUCAAGUUCAACCCUGUGGAGACAUGUCUUCUAGCAAGCUGUGCUUCAGACAGAAACAUUGUGCUAUAUGACAUGAGACAAGCAGCUCCACUGAAGAAGGUUAUAAUGGAACUGAGAACUAAUACAGUAUGCUGGAAUCCAAUGGAGGCUUUUACCUUUACAGGGGCAAACGAGGACUACAACUUGUACACUUUUGACAUGCGUCGUCUGGAUGCCCCAGUGAUGGUGCACAUGGAUCACGUGUCUGCGGUCCUGGACGUCGAUUACUCCCCGACUGGGAAGGAGUUUGUCUCUGCCAGUUUUGAUAAAUCUAUUCGCAUCUUCCCUGUAGACAAGGGCCACAGCAGAGAGAUAUAUCAUACAAAACGCAUGCAGCAUGUCAUCUGUGUGAAGUGGUCUUCUGACAACAAGUACGUUCUUUGUGGCUCGGAUGAAAUGAACAUUCGCUUAUGGAAGGCUAAUGCUUCUGAAAAACUUGGUGUGAUUACCCCACGGGAGAAAGCUGCUCUGAACUACAGUGAGAAGCUGAAGGAGAAGUUCCAGCAUCACCCCCAGAUCAAACGCAUUGCUCGCCACCGCCACCUACCUAAAGCCAUCUUCAAUCAGGCUAAAGAGCUCCGUGCCAUGAAGGAGGCUCGCCGCAAAAAGGAAAUGAAUCGUCGUAAGCACAGCAAGCCAGGAUCUGUUCCAUUUGUGUCAGAGAAGAGGAAGCACAUUGUGGCUGUUGUGAAAUAGUUUGGGAAUAAUUAGGAGAAUGACAUGGCUCUAGUUGGUUUUGACACUUUUUAUUCUAGUCUUUAUAAAAGCAUCAAGCUGUUUGGACAAUGCACUGGUGUACAUUAAGGAGUUGAUUUGGUCAUAUUACACCCUCAGAAUAAACAAGGAUGCACAAGUUGGGUAUAGGAUCUUGAAAUUGUUAAUGUCUUGAUUUUUACACCUCUAUUAAAAUGGUAUUGUAAGAACAUUUUACAUUUUAUUGUGUCUGUGCUAGUUUUCAUAAUCCCUAUUCCUUUUUCCAUUGAGGCUUGAAUACAUGCUUUUGAAGUAAUGAGGGAAUGUGUGGGUUAUCUGUGUUCUGCAUCCUAAAAUAUGGAUUUGCAAGAACAUCUUGUAACCUUAUGAAUUUAAUGAGCCCUGUUCAAGUAAGAAUGCUUACAUUUGCUAAGUGUGUUUUCUGUGUAUCCUCUUUUUCCCCAUGGUCUAGUGAAAUCAGCCAUAAUCUAGAUAAUGCAGUUUUAUAAAUUGACACAUUUCUUAAUUUUUGCAACUACCCUUUCCUGCAGUUUUAAAGAGUUUUGAACAGCAGCCAUUCAUCUCUGCAGUAAAAUGGGAUGCACUUGCUGUUUCUGCUUUGCAGCAUGAGCCAGAGCUGAGUCUUUGAAUAAAUCCAGACUCUAUUCUUAUACAGUGACCAAGAGGUUCUUCGCUUCCACUUGCAUGUGUUUUAACAUGGUGUUUUAACCCUUUUCCAACAUUAUGAUAAGAGAUAAAAAUGAAUUGAUGGUAUAUAUGCAGAAGAAAACAUGCAUAUAGACGACUCAUUCCAGUUGAAGUGGACCAAAUUCUGGGGAGGCGUUUUCUUUUUUAUUUUGUAUGCAUUCUUUAAUUCACUUCAAUAAACAAAUAAUUUGUUUU